GUCACGUAAAGGGGCGGGGCGUGCGCGAGCCGCGCUCUCAUUCAUAAGGCGCGGGGGCGGCCGGGCAGGCAGGUCUCCCUUGGCAAUGAAGAGGUGCAGGAUGUGGUGGUGGCUCAUCUCUAUCCUGGCGGUGCUGAGUGGACCCAGCAUGGGGGCCGGGAGCUGUGGACCCCAGGAAUAUGAGACGUUGGGAUGCCCCCCUGGAGAGGAGCCUGCUGGGGUGUGUGGCUCAGCACCAGAUCUGGUGAGGACCUGCCGAGCUUGUUCCCCUGGUACCUUCUCUCCAGGGGGUGUAUCCUGCUCCAAUCACACCCGCUGCUGGGCCAGGAACAGGGUCCUGGUGGCACCAGGGACACCACUGACUGACAGCCGCUGUGGAGCCUGCCUGCCAGGGUUUUACAGCCCUGAAGGGGAAAGGGAGUCCUGGGGCCGGUGCCUGCCCUGCACCACCGCUCCCCGCAGCACCCCAGGGUGCCCAGGCCGACGGCGAGCCCGCAGCCCUGAAACACUGGGCCAGAUGGUGAGGAACAAUGGUACAUGGGUGACCAUGAUGGGUGAGGAAGAGGAGGAGGAGGAGGAGGCCGCGGCACAGGCAGGGGUGCUGACCAUUGUCCCGGUCUUCUGCGCCAUGGGAUUGUUGGGCAUCCUGGUCUGCAACCUGCUGAAGAAGAAGGGUUACCACUGCACUGCCAGCAAGGACCCCCGGCCUAUCAGCACCAGUUCCAGCUCCAUCUACCACCUGGAGGAUGCCAACGAGGACACCAUUGGGGUGCUGGUGCGGUUAAUUGCUGAGAAGAAAGAAAAUGCUGCUGUACUGGAGGAGCUGCUGAAGGAGCAUCACGACCAACAGCUGAUGCCACCAUCAGGCUGCACCUCCCCAAAUAAGCUGCACUUCCUGCCUCAGUUUCCCCCUGCCUGCCAGCACCAGCAGCACCUUCACACCGUGCAGGGUUUGGCCCCGUGUGCCCGCUGCAGCCAGAAGAAGUGGCCUGAGGUGCUGCCAUUGCUCAAUGCCACCAAGGUCCUCAAACCCAGGGGUCGCCCUGGUGAGGUGACAAUAUUCUCUGUUGGCAGGUUUCGGGUAUCCCGGAUUCCUGAGCUGAGGAGUGAGGCACAGGGUGAACCCCUCCGUGGUACCCUCCCUGCUGGUAGCGAGAUGCAGCCCUUGUGCUUGAAAAGUACUGAUGCCCCCUCUGAGCUGACACCUGGCCUGGGGGCUGCCUCGGCAGGACGGUGACACCCACAGAGACCCCAUGAGGGGACAGCGGAUGUUGGAGACCACAUGAAAGCCAGUGCCACUUGUAGCCACAAAGCGCUGGAGGUGGCAGCUUGAAUUCUGCUGCUACCACCAAGGUGUCCACUGGCAACAUCGCAAAUCCAACACCUUGCCCAGCUGGUGAGAAGGAUUCCCUGCCCCUGAGGUCUGGUGGUGGCCACGGCAUGGUGGCCUGAUGGAGAGCCUCUCCGGGAGCCACAACACCAAAGCACAGCUCUGUUGGAGGCACCAUGCAACAGAGGAUGUCACGUGGUUGGGAUGCCUUUUGAUGGCCACCUUCUGGGUCCGUUGAACUGAAGCCUCCCCAGGAGCAUCACGUGCUCCUGAGUUCCCUCCAUCACCAGGUGCCAGCUCUCAACAUUGCACGCUACAAUGGUCCCUGGAUCACAGGAAAACUACCUUACCAACAACCCAGCUGGGGCAUGGUUGCUCUGGCCAAGACUGGUCUCCUGCAUCUGUAUCUCCUCUUCUAUUCAAAGUCUCAGUGAGCCCAGGAGAGAAUGUCGUGGUGAUGGUCUGCUCACCAUAAAGAUCACACGCUCCAAUUGCCACAGCAGCUGUUUCCACAGAACCACAUUGGCUCAGCCGUGUCGGGGUCAGUGGGACAACCCACCCAAGGUUGGGUUGGAGACUCUCAAGCUCCACCAUCAACCUAGAAAUGGGUUUAUGGCUGGUCCCAUUCACUUCUCCACAUCACCACGCUGAAAAACCAACCACCGAACCCUCUCGGGCUCUUUUAUUUAUUUUUUGGAAACAUUUUAAUAGUUAUCGAAUGUUCUACAUCUUACAGUAAAUAUCGUACAGUUACAAACUCUUGGCUGAAAUCUGUCAGGGAGAUCACGACCGGAUCUUCAGAACCAAAACCAGAACAGAAAACAAACGGAAAAAAACCCCAAAUUUACACUUCAGGUGGACAAACCGAGGCUGUGGGGCUUUCCAGGGCAUCAGUUCAAGGCCAUGUUCCCUACACACCUUUGAGACUUAGGCUUGGAAGACAUGGUUACGCUUGGUUUUUAAUGUCUUUUUUUCUUUUUUAAUAUCUAUUUAUUUUUGCUUAAGAGGUCCAGUAAUAUUCAAAAAGGAGCUGGCCUGUUGGUCGAAAUGAAUUAAAAAAUUAAUUACAUAGAAAGGUGGGUAGGAGACCAGCAUGUGUUUGCUCCAUGCUACGGGGACAGGAGGGUUUAUGUGUGAUCCUGCACUUCACUGUCUCAUUUUCCCUCCCUCACUGUGCUUCCUGAUGCCUGCCAGCCCUGUGAAUUGCUCCUCACCCACAGCCCUGAUCCUGAACUACUCUCACCCCAUGAAAAACAGCUUCCCCAGCUUCAUCCCUUGCAGGAAGGUGCAGUGAUGCUGCAGGUGGCUGUACUGUAGCAGGAUUUUCAGCAUGACUGAAUGUCUCCAACCAGGAAUUGUUGCCAUUAAACCAUGUAUUUUGCUAUUCCUGCUUUGCAAACAUCCCUGUAACAGGUUAUUUUACUUGAUUACCAGUGAAUCUGUAAGUGUCAUGGUGCUACAUGCUGCAAAAAUCCCUUUCCAAGCUUUACUUCUUCCCAAUCUCCUUAACAGGCUUUACUUUCCUUUUUCCCUAUGGGAAUCCUAGGACACAGCAGAAAAAUAUGUAGAUACUGAUUCUGCUGAUAGCCUAGCAUGCGUGGCAAAGCAAAGGAAAGAUGGGCAGGGGGUCACUGCAUUUUGGGGAUGAGGGAUGCUCAGAGGGCCUGAAAAAUUGGACAAUUUGAAAAAAAAAAACAAACCCAACCCCUGGAUUUACGGGUAUCCAGCAGCUCUUAUUGCUAUUGUCAAGUGGUUGGGUUUUCCUAUUGAAAAUAAACCCUCCAAAUGUGUUUUUUUUCCCUUCCUCUAAGAAAGCAAGACCCUAUUUCAUGUCCUUCUGCUGGGGACCACAUCAUCCGAAUCCCCUGUGGGGAUGCAUCCACCUCCGGAUGCAGAAGGGGAUGGUAAAGAGUGGGGAGUCUCUGGGAAGGACUGUAUUCAGCAGGAUGCCGGCAGCUGGGGGAAAACCUGAUACCCUGAAACAUCCAUCAUUAAAAAAAACAAAACACCAAGACUUUUAAAUAACACUUCAUGGUAAUUACAUCUUGAAACUGCAAAAAGCUCGACUGGGUUAUUCAGAAAAUACAGAAGCAAAUCCUCCCCUGGAGGGUUCAGCCGCUUGGAGGCGAGAUGGGUACAGGCUCCGAGGGGCUCACUCGAGUUGGGGGCCACCACUACUAUUAACAUGUCUUUUCCCCCAGAUCUCAUAUUACAGCUCAUGUUUAAAGCAAAGCUACCGGCAGGGAUGGGUUAAUGGGCACAACGCAGUUUGAGAGUUACUUUCUUUCCCCUUUAGCAGGAAUUUUAAUCUCUCAGACUUUCCCAGAGGUUUAACCCCUCCUGCCCUUCCCGUUAAAAGCUGGUGUGAUCCUUCAUGAUGGGAAACCCUUUUUUUCCAAAGCUUUGCUGGGAAUGAAAUAUUUGAGAAGCUGGUGG